AUGGAUAUCUUACGAAAAGUUCUAUACACGGUUACCUUUCCGAUAUGGUUCGUCUUGUCUUUGCUUGCCGGUUCCAAGGAGCGACCUCCGGCCAUCGCGGACAGUACAGACGAAAAAUAUCCUCUCCCUCCCAUAGAGAAGUUCGAUCCCGACCAGUUGGAGAAUGCCGGGACGGACCAGAGGGAUAUCGUGCAGGCUUUCGGACAAGAUCUAGAGCCGGCUCAGUAUAUCGACGACGUAAGACUCAUUGUUCAGUUGCGCUUGAAAGGAAAAGAGAACAAGAAUCUUUUAAAUAUGGAUGAGCAUCCAAGGCUGAGAGGGACGACAUUCCAGGAGGAUGAGGAGGACGGGCAAGAGGAAGAAGAGGAUGACGAGGAAGAGAUCUCCGACGAAGGAGGGGAAGAUGGAUCCAUCCCGCAGGAAAGUCCCGGAUAUCGUUUGCCUGACUCGAUGAAGCAAGCAACGGAUAGCCUGCAGAGAGAGAUUGAGGAAACAAUGAAGCUGCGAGAUGAAUUGAUAGCGGCUGCCGAUCGGAAUCUGCAGCGCGUCGAAGCUGUUUCAAAGAACAGCCACAGAGCUGCUGAGGAAACAACUCAGAAAGCUUCAACUAUCGUCGGAAACAUUGCGCGCGGACUGACAGCGGCUACAGGCGUCGUCAGAGAGACGGCCACAGGCGCGGCGCGAUCAGCACAAGAGGAGUUCGGACGAUCUCCUGGAGACAGCGAGGCAAUCGUACCCACCAUCGCUGUCGACAUGGUGCAGAAUCCUACGCGAAGUACCCAGGAUGCCUUUGGAUCAGUCCCGAAGGCCGCCAACGACUCAGUCGGAGAUCAAAAACAGAUGAACAGCGAAACAUUGGAAAGGAUGAAAGCUGUUGAACAGGCGAUGAAGGAAGACCCUCAGAGAGACUGA